CCACACCAUUUAAAUACAAAUUAUUUAUUUGAUUUUUGUUUUGAAAUACUUAAUCCAUGUACAAGGUACAAAAUUCAAGAAGUACAAAAGGUGACCUUUGCCGGAUCAAUUUCUAUGGAUCAUUAGGGUCUGAAGCCAAAUGAUGACAGUUGAGGUGUGAGGAUCUAAAAAGGAAGGAAACAGAUUCUCUAAAUUUGGUGGUGAUGCAGUAGAACCUCUCCCAUGGAUAUUUGCACUGUCACCUCUCCCUUAGAUGUAAAAUAGAAGUCUUGCCCCACUGAAAGAUUCUAAUAUUGUCAAGCAGAUGAAAGGUGAGUGUGUACACGCGUGCCCGUGUGUGUGUGUGUGAGGACAAGGGAACCUUUCUUGCACUUUAAGUGGAUGCGAGGUGGCCACUGUUCCACUCUUCACAGGGCUGGCCUUCAGUCGUGCCCUCAGCCAGGUCUGUAAGAGACUUCCCUUGAGCGCUCCCACGUGUCAGGCACUGGAGAGAUCAUUUUAGUGAGAUAGAGAAAGGGGACAAAAUCCUGCAUACACAGAGAAGGAAUGCACAGAUUUCUCAGGGACACAGCCAUAGGAGAAAGGAUCAUGCAGUGUGAGAAGAACAGUUCUUUAAAAGCUGGUACAAGUUGUACAGAGAGAAGGUGAGUUCAUUGUCCAGGAGGGUCUUGGGCAGCUUCAGAACAGAGGUGAGCCUGUGAGAUUAGUCUUGAAGAUUAUUCCUUGAAGCUAGGAAUUUGCCAGGUAGCCGGAGCAGACUCGGCAACUAUUCCCUGAAUCCCUCUCCCUUAAGUCAACCAUUGCUGUUAAUGUUUUCCGUAAGGCAGUGCCUGCUGACCACGACAGGUUUGUGAGCCGUGUGUCAGCUUCUCCUGCAACUUUGUCUCUGGUGUAAGUCGAGUACUUUAUGAAGCCGCCUUCUCCAUACUGCAGACCAUAUAGGGCGGCCCCCAAAGGUUGUGUAACACUCAGCAAGCUUACAAAAUAUGUUAAGGAACGGCCACUGGAACCACUCUGUUAAUAGCCGAGACUUUGAACUUUGCUGACUCGGGAGCGUGGUGGAGGGACCCUGUGUGCUCACUAAGACACGAGAUAGGAGGUAGGAGGCUCCUCUCCCUGGUUGCUGAGCUCUGUGCUUUGGGGCCUUCACUGACCUGUCCCUCCUCCACUCCCAUCCCCGAGCCGUCCUGAUGGGCAUCUCCGCCCGGCAUGAAUCAAUUUCCAUCUCUCUACGCCUUUAAUAAAUGGCUCUUUUGCGGUGAUGUAGUCGGCUUUCGCCUUUUGUCGACCACAACAUGACAGAACCCAUUUUAACUUUAACCUUGCUCCAUAUUUCAGGCAAUUUACCACGGUCUCACUGAAUGUGUUACAUGGCAUUCACAUUAAAGUUGAAAAAAAUUCCAUUAGCUCAUCACAGUUCUUCUGUGCCUUUGUCAGCCUACUUACCUGGUAGUUCAUUCUUUUAUGAUUGGGAAAAAAAAAUAAGAAAUAGUGGUUUCCUCAUUACUGUGAAGGUAGUGCUAGAAUGUGUGUGCGAAAGGGAGGGAGGGUUUUAGUUAUUUUUUUAAUAGAAUAAACCAAUAUAGUUUUUUUUUUAAUAGAGGAAAAAAAGAUGGAGAAAGAAGAAUUUCUAAAGAGACAAAAAGAGCUGUAAGUGUUCACACCAGCCCUCGGGCUCAGGCACCCAUGGUCAUUCAUAGGCUUUACGGACAUGUCCUUCCCGGGUCAGGGGAUCCCAAGGAGUUAGUUAGCAAGGCACUGCCUUCAAUGGCCAGUUUUUUUCCAGAUGAAAUCUCCCACCCAUGGCAGCAAAGCAAACCUGAAGUAGACUGUCCCAUACAGUGGAUGACCACCAGUACCCAAAUUUCUGUCAAAUGCACGAAAUUUUAGUUAGUUUCUUGCAGUGCCCUCCUUUUGAGCAAGGACGAUCUACAUACUCUAGAUGAAUAUAUUAGUGCUGCGUCUCUUGGAAGCUGUAAAAGAGGAGGUCUUGUGUUAAAUGCGUUUGCCACGUGGGGCAAGCUGGAGGUGUGCUUCAUCAGUGAUUUCUGACCACCAUCUCACCAAUGAGAUGGAGGUUUUACUAGAUAAUGGUGUACCUCUCUGUGACUUGCUGACAGACUCUGCAGAGGUCUUUAAUCUAUGAGCACCAACCAUUAAGGCGUGAGGAGGAUUCUGUCUCCUCACAGUUCUAGGGAAUACAUGUCCGAACUGGAAUGAUUCUAUAUUCCAUUAACAAAAGCCCUAGAGAACAUGGAAUGGUUGGUCCAGCCCUAACGCUGUAUUUAACAGCAAGUGUGCAAUCAUCUGAGUGCUCUCCACGUAGAGGCCAGGCACGUCCUGACAGCAUGUUUCAUAUACUGAAACGGUCUUUCUCCUAGGAUCUGGCCGACUGUAAAACUGUACCUCUCCAGCUGUCCUAUGAAAUGGUCUGAGUCAUAUCGCAGAAAUGGCAACACCAAACAAGUUUAUCAAAAAUUUUUGUAACAAAGUAAUUGCUUUGGGGCUAAUCAGAUGACUUGAUUUGAUUAUUUUGGCCAUUGAUAUAGAGACUAAGUGUUUUUCUAGAAUGACUAAAAGGUAGAAGGGUCUCUCCCAUUCAAUUUGUUACUUAUUCUGCAUCUGAAAUAACACAAAGCCUUCAGUAGAAUACCAAAAACAAAAAAAAAACAAUGGUCAUGCUGAACCAAAUUAAAUUUAACUUUCAAAUUACUUAAGAAAAGAGUAGUAUAUCAUAAGUAAGUCAAUAGGAAGAAAUGUAAUAUUUAAGAAAAGUGUUUUCAUGUACUUUAACAUUUUACAUGAACAAUGAACUAGCAAGGUUUGGUUUUGAAACUGCCUGUACAGACACUUUCCAACGUGAAUAAGAAAAUAGAUUGGGAGUAUGACUUAAACUUUUGUAUUGAUGGCUCUGUUUUUCGCACGGCAACCAUUCAAAAUAUGUUUGCUCUACUCAAAUGAAGCUCCAUGUAUGGAUUAACAGCUCUUCCAUAUUUGUCUGUGCUGUGAAUGCCCUCGCUCACCAUGUGCUUAACAAGGACCUCAGGGACAUCGUCGGUGACUUCAGAGGCUUCUACAGGCAGCUCACAAGCGACGGGCAGCUCAGAUGGAUCGGUCCUGAGAAAGGUGUUGUGCAUCUGGCUACCGCAGCCCUUCUCAACGCUGUGUGGGACCUGUGGGCCAAGCAGGAGGGAAAGCCUCUGUGGAAGUUACUUGUUGACAUGGACCCCAGGGAGCUGUUAUCCUGCAUCGAUUUCAGGUACAUCACAGACGUCCUGACCGAGGAGGAAGCCUAUGAAAUACUGCAGAAAGGUCAAGUUGGUAAAAAAGAGAGAGAAGGGCAAAUGCUGAUGCACGGCUACCCUGCCUACACCACGUCGUGCGCCUGGCUGGGGUACUCCGAUGACACGCUGAAGCAGCUCUGCACGGAGGCACUGAAGGACGGCUGGACCAGGUUUAAGGUAAAAGUGGGUGCUGAUCUCCAGGAUGACAUCCGCAGGUGCCGCCUCAUCCGAAACAUGAUUGGACCUGAGAAGACGUUGAUGAUGGAUGCCAACCAGCGCUGGGAUGUGCCCGAGGCGGUAGAGUGGAUGUCAAAGCUGGCUGAGUUCAAGCCACUGUGGAUUGAGGAGCCCACCUCCCCUGAUGACAUUCUGGGACACGCAGCCAUUUCCGAGGCACUGGUCCCAUUAGGAAUUGGCAUUGCCACCGGAGAACAGUGCCACAAUAGAGUGAUAUUUAAGCAACUCCUACAAGCGAAAGCCCUGCAGUUUCUCCAGAUCGACAGCUGCAGGCUGGGAAGUGUCAAUGAAAACCUCUCGGUGUUGCUGAUGGCCAAAAAGUUUGAAAUUCCCGUUUGCCCUCAUGCCGGUGGAGUUGGCCUCUGUGAAUUGGUUCAGCACCUGAUUAUGUUUGAUUUCAUCUCCAUUUCUGCAAGCCUUGAGAACAGGAUGUGUGAAUAUGUCAACCACCUGCAUGAACAUUUCAGGUAUCCUGUGGUCAUCAAGAAAGCGUCCUACAUGCCUCCUAAGGAUGCUGGUUAUUCAACAGAAAUGAAGGAGGAAUCUGUAAAGAAACACCAGUAUCCACAUGGGGAAGUCUGGAAAAAACUCCUUGCUGCUCAAGAGAAUUAAAUGUUCAGCCCUUACACCCUUUCCUAAGUGAAAAGGCUUAACCACUUUUUGGGUGUGGUUUUACAAAAACAGGGGAAAGAAAUUGUAGCAAUCAAAACAAGUUCAGCUGAAAGUCCUGUUAACCUCAGGAAUCAGCUUAGUCGUCAUUAUUACUUGAUUCUUUUAGCAAAUAAACACACAUUCUCCUAAUUAAUCCUUAAACAAAUUUAGAUUUACCUCCAAGUCCAGAAAGAUGUUCUUACAAAAUUUCUACCAAGUGCUGGUACCCGGACAUUAAAUUAUACUUUGAAAAUAAGCAGCAGGUUGCGUAAUUGUUGGAACAGUGCCUUAUUCUAUCUAACGCUUGUUAAAAAUUAGCAGGGUAAAAAUAGUUCUGCAGUACUGUGGGAUAUCUGGUGCACAAAAAAGGUAAAAGGAUUUCACAGAUUAGCCCUGGAGUGGUUUAGCCUUUCUACUCUUGCUCGGUCUAAGUUUAUUAGUAGAGGAUUCACACCAUACUGAAACCAUAGCAGCAGUAAUGGGCAGGGAAAUGGAAUUU